CACAGCCUUUCCUCCGAGAGGGCGGGAUCCCUCCGCUGCUCCGCUCCAACACAAAAUAGAGCCGUCUCUUCUCCUUUCUCCCCGUCUCGAGUGGGGUGCCCCGGGCAAAAGGCCCCCCCGGAUCUCGCGCCGGAGGCUUCACGAAUCUCCACGACCGCUGCCCAGCUUUCGGGCCAGGAAAUAGCCCCUUCGCAGGAACCACCCUACCGGCCGAACAGGAGGCGGAGGGGGGGAGGCGGAGCGGCGCCGCGCUGCACUACUUUCCUCUCCGGUUGCAAAUGGCUGCCUCGUUCCCCACUUUCCGCUCAGUUUCCUGACCCCCCGGUGCCGGGAGCCGGGGUUGGGCCAUGCACCUCUAAGCCCCCCGCGAUCACAGCCAGCCGGGGGUCGAGGGGGUGCCACCGACCAGAGCCGGCCAGGCCGGGGGCGGGGCAGCUCCCGAGGCCAGAGGGGAAGGGAGGCGAGCGCAGGGCCUGGAGCGGCCGGAGGGGAGCAGGCAGAGGGUUCGCACCGCCCGCCCCUUCCUCUUCCUCGCCCACCUAGCCUCCUCCCUUCCCCGGGGGGAGCAGAAGGUGGGGGGCUCGAAGCGGCCGAGGGUGAGCGCUCGGGGUCGAGAAGCCCGGCGCUGGGUGUGUGUCAGGUUCAGCCCCGCGGCCCCGCCGGCCCCGCGUCGCCGUAGCUCGCGCGGCCCCGGGGCGCCGGCCGGGGCGGGGAGAGGGGCUCGGUGCUCCUGCGAGGGUCUCACGUUCCAUCCGGGCCAGGCGCGGGGCGGCGCGGCAUUCCUUCCGGGCUGCUGGGGAGGCGCCUCGACGUUCCAUCUGGAGAGCCUCGACGUUCCGCCCGAGCCCGGCGCGGGCGGCCGGGGCGCUGGCCGGGCCCUAGGACUGAGAGGCCGCCCGGCGACGCGGAUGCGGAGCCUGCUCGCCCAAGAUCAAAGCCACCGGUGCUCUCUUUGUGUCCGCUCGGGAUUCGCCGCCCUGGGGCUGUCCAUGGAAACCUAAACUGCUGGAAGCUGAGGCAGAGAACCCCCUCUUUGGCUUCUUGCUGUUUUUUGUGGGGGGAGGGUGGCCACUCCGACCUGGAUUUACCGUUCUUGGCCCCCCUAAGCCCCCCCGUGCGGGGGGCGGCUGUGAUCGCUCUGGCGGUUGGAGGUCGGGGAGCGGCCCGGGCUCUGGCCAUGUUCUCGGAUGAGGAUUUCUGGAUCGCCCUGUGAAGAGGUCUCCCCGAGAGGGCCCUGCCCAGUCGGAGAGAGGGAUGGACAGCCAGAAGCUGCCUGGUGAGGAUAAAGAUUCAGAACCGGCAGCUGAUGAACCUGCAGCUUCUGAGGACCCAGGUGCCACUGAGUCAGACCUGCCUAACCCACAUGUGGGGGAGGUCUCUGUCCCUAGUUCUGGGAGUCCCAGGCUUCAGGACACUCCUCAGGACUGCAGUGGGGGUCCAUUGCGGCGUUGUGCUCUCUGUAACUGCGGGGAGCCCAGUCUGCACGGGCAGCGGGAGCUACAGCGCUUUGAGUUGCCAUUUGAUUGGCCCCGGUGUCCAGUGGUGUCCCCUGGGGGGAGCCCAGGGCCCAAUGAGGCAGUGCUGCCCAGUGAGGACCUAUCACAGAUUGGUUUCCCUGAGGGCCUUACACCUGCCCACCUAGGAGAACCUGGAGGGUCCUGCUGGGCUCACCAUUGGUGUGCUGCGUGGUCGGCAGGCGUAUGGGGGCAGGAGGGCCCACAACUAUGUGGUGUGGACAAGGCCAUCUUCUCAGGGAUCUCACAGCGCUGCUCCCACUGCACCAGGCUCGGUGCCUCCAUCCCUUGCCGCUCACCUGGAUGUCCACGGCUUUACCACUUCCCCUGUGCAACUGCCAGCGGUUCCUUCCUAUCCAUGAAAACACUGCAGCUGCUAUGCCCAGAGCACAGUGAGGGGGCUGCACAUCUGGAGGAGGCUCGCUGUGCAGUGUGUGAGGGGCCAGGGGAGUUGUGUGACCUGUUCUUCUGUACCAGCUGUGGGCAUCACUAUCAUGGGGCCUGCCUGGACACUGCUCUGACUGCCCGCAAACGUGCUGGCUGGCAGUGCCCUGAAUGCAAAGUGUGCCAAGCCUGCAGGAAACCUGGGAAUGACUCUAAGAUGUUGGUUUGUGAGACGUGUGACAAAGGAUACCAUACCUUCUGCCUAAAACCACCCAUGGAGGAACUGCCUGCUCACUCUUGGAAGUGUAAGGCAUGCCGGGUGUGCCGGGCCUGUGGGGCAGGCUCGGCAGAACUGAAUCCCAACUCGGAGUGGUUUGAGAACUACUCUCUCUGUCACCGCUGUCACAAAGCCCAGGGAGGUCAGCCUCUCAGCUCCGUUGCUGAGCAGCAUACCCCUGUGUGUAGCAGAUUUUCACCCCUAGAGCCCGGCGAUACCCCCACUGAUGAGCCCGAUGCUCUGUACGUUGCAUGCCAAGGGCAGCCAAAGGGUGGGCACGUGACCUCUAUGCAACCCAAGGAACCGGGGCCCCUGCAAUGUGAAGCCAAACCACUAGGGAGAGCAGGAGUCCAACUUGAGCACCAGUUGGAGGCCCCCCAAAAUGAGGAGAUGCCACUGCUGCCCCCACCUGAGGAGUCACCCCUGUCCCCACCACCUGAGGAAUCACCCACGUCCCCACCACCUGAGGCAUCACGCCUGUCCCCACCACCUGAGGAAUCACCCACGUCCCCGCUUCCUGAGGCAUUGCACCUGUCCCGGCCGCCAGAGGAAUCACCCCUCUCUCCGCCGCCUGAGGAGUCCCCUCUGUCUCCCCCACCUGAAUCAUCACCUUUUUCUCCGCUGGAGGAGUCGCCCUUCUGUCCACCGGAAGAGUCACCCCCAUCUCCUGCACUCGAGACGCCCCUGUCCCCACCACCUGAAACAUCACCCCUGUCCCCACCAUUUGAGGAAUCUCCUUUGUCCCCGCCACCUGAGGAAUUGCCCACUUCCCCACCACCUGAAGCAUCUCGCCUGUCUCCACCGCCUGAGGAGUCACCCAUGUCCCCUCCACCUGAAGAGUCACCCAUGUCUCCACCACCAGAGGCGUCUCGUCUGUUCCCACCAUUUGAAGAGUCUCCUCUGUCUCCUCCACCUGAGGAGUCUCCCCUCUCCCCACCACCUGAGGCGUCACGCCUGUCCCCACCACCUGAGGACUCACCUAUGUCCCCACCACCUGAAGAAUCACCUAUGUCCCCUCCACCUGAGGUAUCGUGCCUGUCUCCCCUGCCUGAGGUGUCACGCCUGUCUCCACCGCCUGAGGAAUCUCCCUUGUCCCCACCGCCUGAGGAGUCUCCCAUGUCCCCUCCACCUGAGGCUUCACGGCUUUCCCCACCACCUGAGGAUUCCCCCACAUCCCCACCACCUGAGGACUCACCUGCUUCCCCACCACCGGAGGACUCACUCAUGUCCCUGCCGCUGGAGGAGUCACCCCUGUCGCCACUACCUGAGGAGCCGCAUCUCUGUGCCCGGCCUGAGGAGCUGCAUCUCUGCCCACCGUCUGAGGAGCCACACCUGUGCCCCCAGCCCGAGGAGCCCCAUCUAUCUCCGCAGCCUGAGGAGCUGCACCUGUCCCCCCAGCCGGAGGAGCCGCACCUGUCCCCUCAGCCUGAGGAGCCACGCCUAUCCCCCCGGCCCGAGGAGCCACACUUAUCUCCCCAGCCUGAGGGACCACAUCUGUCCCCUCAGCCUGAGGAAUUACGCCUGUCCCCCCAGACUGAGGAGCCACACCUGUCUCCUGUGCCUGAGGAGCCAUGCUUGUCUCCCCAGCCUGAGGAAUCGCACCUGUCCUCCCAGUCUGAGGAACCACGCCUGUCCCCCCAGGCUGAGGAACUGCACCUGUCCCCUCAGCCUGAGGAACUGCACCUGUCCCCUCAGCCUGAGGAGCCACCCCUGUCCCCUCGGCCUGAAGAGCCCCCUGAGGAGCCAGGCCAAUGCCCUGUGCCUGAGGAGUUGCCCUUGUUCCCUCCACCUGAGGAGCCACCCUUAUCUCCCUUGCUUGGAGAGCCGGCCCUGUCUGAACCUGGGGAACCACCUCUGUCCCCUCUGCCUGAGGAGCUGCCCUUGUCCCCGUCUGGGGAGCCAUCCUUGUCGCCUCAGCUGAUGCCACCAGAUCCCCUUCCUCCUCCACUCUCACCCAUUAUCACAGCUGUGGCCCCACCGGCCCUGUCUCCUUUGAGGGAGUUAGAGUACCCCUUUGGUGCCAAAGGGGACAGUGACCCUGAGUCACCCUUGGCUGCCCCCAUCCUGGAGACACCUAUCAGCCCUCCACCAGAAGCUAACUGCACUGACCCUGAGCCUGUCCCCCCUAUGAUCCUUCCCCCAUCCCCAGGCUCCCCAAUGGGACCGGCUUCUCUCAUCCUGAUGGAGCCCCUUCCCUCUCAGUGUUCGCCACUCCUUCAGCAUUCCCUGCCUCCUCAAAACUCCCCUCCUUCCCAGUGCUCCCCUCCUGCCCUGCCACUGUCUGUUCCCUCCCCGUUGAGUCCCAUAGGGAAGGCAGUGGGGGUCUCAGAUGAGGCUGAGUCACACGAAAUGGAUACUGAGAAAGUUCCAGAACCUGAAUGCCCAGCCUUGGAACCCAGUGCCACCAGUCCCCUCCCUUCCCCAAUGGGCGACCUUUCCUGUCCCGCCCCCAGCCCUGCCCCAGCCCUGGAUGACUUCUCUGGCCUAGGGGAAGACAUAGCCCCUCUGGAUGGGACUGAUGCUCCAGGUUCACAGCCAGAGGCUGGACAGAUGCCUGGCAGUUUGGCUAGUGAACUUAAAGGCUCCCCUGUGCUCCCGGACCCCGAGGAGCUGGCCCCUGUGACCCCUAUGGAGGUCUACCCCGAAUGCAAGCAGGUAGCAGGGCAGGGCUCACCAUGUGAAGAACAGGAAGAGCCACGUGCAUCGGUGGCCCCCACACCACCCACUCUCAUCAAAUCCGACAUCGUUAACGAGAUCUCUAAUCUGAGCCAGGGCGAUGCCAGUGCCAGUUUUCCUGGCUCAGAGCCCCUCCUGGGCUCUCCUGACCCAGAGGGGGGUGGCUCCCUGUCCAUGGAGCUGGGGGUCUCUACGGAUGUUAGUCCAGCCCGAGAUGAGGGCUCCCUACGGCUCUGUACCGACUCACUGCCAGAGACUGAUGACUCACUAUUGUGUGAUGCCGGGACAGCUAUCAGUGGAGGCAAAGCUGAUGGGGAGAAGGGGCGGCGACGCAGCUCCCCAGCCCGUUCCCGCAUCAAACAGGGCCGUAGCAGUAGUUUUCCAGGGAGACGCCGGCCUCGUGGAGGAGCCCAUGGAGGACGUGGUAGAGGACGGGCCCGGCUAAAGUCAACUGCUUCUUCCAUUGAGACUCUGGUAGUUGCUGACAUUGAUAGCUCUCCCAGUAAGGAGGAGGAGGAAGAAGAUGAUGACACCAUGCAGAAUACCGUGGUUCUCUUCUCCAACACAGACAAAUUCGUCCUAAUGCAGGACAUGUGUGUGGUAUGUGGCAGCUUUGGCCGGGGUGCAGAGGGCCACCUCCUUGCGUGUUCGCAGUGCUCUCAGUGCUAUCACCCUUACUGUGUCAACAGCAAGAUCACUAAGGUGAUGCUGCUCAAGGGCUGGCGUUGUGUGGAGUGUAUUGUGUGUGAGGUGUGCGGCCAGGCCUCCGACCCCUCACGCCUGCUGCUCUGUGAUGACUGUGACAUUAGCUACCACACAUACUGCCUGGACCCCCCACUGCUCACUGUGCCUAAGGGCGGCUGGAAGUGCAAGUGGUGUGUGUCUUGUAUGCAGUGUGGGGCUGCCUCCCCUGGCUUCCACUGUGAAUGGCAGAAUAGUUACACACACUGUGGGCCCUGUGCCAGCCUGGUGACCUGCCCUAUCUGUCAUGCUCCUUAUGUGGAAGAGGACCUACUAAUCCAGUGCCGCCACUGUGAACGGUGGAUGCAUGCUGGCUGUGAGAGCCUUUUCACAGAGGACGAUGUGGAACAGGCAGCCGAUGAAGGCUUUGACUGUGUCUCCUGCCAGCCCUAUGUAGUAAAGCCUGUGGUGCCUGUUGCGCCUCCAGAGUUGGUGCCUAUGAAGGUGAAAGAGCCAGAGCCCCAGUACUUUCGCUUCGAAGGUGUGUGGCUGACGGAAACUGGCAUGGCUGUGCUGCGUAACCUGACCAUGUCACCACUGCACAAGCGGCGCCAGCGGCGAGGACGGCUUGGCCUCCCAGGCGAGGCAGGGUUGGAAGGUUCUGAGCCCUCAGAUGCCCUUGGCCCUGAUGAUAAGAAGGAUGGGGACCUGGACACCGAUGAGCUGCUCAAGGGUGAAGGUGGUGUGGAGCACAUGGAGUGUGAAAUUAAACUGGAGGGCCCUGUCAGCCCUGAUGUGGAGGCUGGCAAAGAGGAGACCGAGGAAAGCAAAAAACGCAAGCGUAAACCCUAUCGGCCUGGCAUUGGUGGUUUCAUGGUGCGACAGCGGAAAUCCCACACGCGCAUGAAAAAGGGGCCUGCUGCACAGGCGGAGGUGUUGAGUGGGGAUGGGCAGCCCGACGAGGUGACACCUGCUGACGUGCCUGCAGAGGGUGCUGUGGAGCAGAGCUUAGCUGAAGGGGAUGAGAAGAAGAAGCAACAGCGGCGAGGGCGCAAGAAGAGCAAACUGGAGGACAUGUUCCCUGCCUACCUGCAGGAAGCCUUCUUUGGGAAGGAGCUGCUGGACCUGAGCCGUAAGGCCCUUUUUGCAGUUGGGAUGGGCCGGCCAGGCUUUGGACUAGGAACCCCAAAAGCCAAGGGAGAGGGAGGCUCAGAAAGGAAGGAGCUCCCCACCUCGCAGAAAGGAGAUGAUGGUCCAGAUAUUGCAGAUGAAGAAUCCCGUGGCCUCGAAGGCAAGGCUGAUACACCAGGACCUGAGGAUGGGGGUGUGAAGGCAUCCCCAGUGCCCAGUGACUCUGAGAAACCAGGCACCCCAGGUGAAGGGAUGCUUAGCUCUGACUUAGACAGGAUUUCCACAGAAGAACUGCCCAAGAUGGAAUCCAAGGACCUGCAGCAACUCUUCAAGGAUGUUCUGGGCUCUGAACGAGAGCAGCAUCUGGGUUGUGGAACCCCUGGUCUAGAAGGCAGCCGUACGCCACUGCAGAGGCCCUUUCUUCAAGGUGGACUCCCUUUGGGAUGUCUCCCCUCCAGCAGCCCAAUGGACUCCUACCCAGGCCUCUGCCAGUCCCCGUUCCUGGAUUCUAGGGAGCGCGGGGGCUUCUUUAGCCCGGAACCCGGUGAGCCAGACAGCCCCUGGACAGGCUCAGGCGGCACCACGCCCUCCACUCCCACAACCCCCACCACAGAGGGUGAGGGCGACGGACUCUCCUAUAACCAGCGGAGUCUUCAGCGCUGGGAGAAGGAUGAAGAGUUGGGCCAGCUGUCCACCAUCUCGCCCGUGCUCUAUGCCAACAUUAAUUUUCCUAAUCUCAAGCAAGAUUACCCAGACUGGUCAAGCCGUUGCAAACAAAUCAUGAAGCUCUGGAGAAAGGUUCCAGCAGCAGAUAAAGCCCCCUACCUGCAAAAGGCCAAAGAUAACCGGGCAGCUCACCGCAUCAACAAGGUGCAGAAGCAGGCUGAGAGCCAGAUCAACAAGCAGACCAAGGUGGGCGACAUAGCCCGUAAGACUGACCGACCAGCCCUACAUCUCCGCAUUCCCCCCCAGCCAGGGGCACUGGGCAGCCCGCCCCCCGCCGCUGCCCCCACCAUUUUCAUUGGCAGCCCCACUGCCCCCGCCGGCUUGUCUACCUCUGCGGACGGGUUCCUGAAGCCGCCGGUGGGCUCGGUGCCCGGCCCUGACUCGCCUGGUGAGCUCUUCCUCAAGCUCCCACCCCAGGUGCCCGCCCAAGUGCCUUCGCAGGACCCCUUUGGACUGGCCCCCGCCUAUGCCCUGGAGCCCCGCUUCCCCACAGCACCACCCACCUAUCCCCACUAUCCUAGUCCGACGGGGGCUCCUGUGCAGCCCCCGAUGCUGGGCAACUCAUCUCGUCCUGGGACUGGUCAGCCAGGGGAAUUCCACACUACCCCACCUGGCACCCCCCGACACCAGCCCUCCACACCUGACCCCUUCCUCAAACCCCGCUGCCCCUCGCUGGAUAAUCUGGCUGUGCCUGAGAGCCCUGGGGUAGGGGGAGGCAAGGCUUCCGAGCCCCUGCUGUCACCCCCACCUUUUGGGGAGUCCCGGAAGGCUCUCGAGGUAAAGAAGGAAGAGCUUGGGGCAUCUUCUCCUAGCUAUGGGCCCCCAAACCUGGGCUUUGUUGACUCACCCUCCUCAGGCCCCCACCUGGGUGGCCUGGAGUUAAAGACACCUGAUGUCUUCAAAGCCCCCCUGACCCCUCGGGCAUCUCAGGUAGAGCCCCAGAGCCCGGGCUUGGGCCUAAGGCCUCAGGAGCCACCCCCUGCCCAGGCUUUGGUCCCUUCCCCUCCAAGUCACCCAGACAUCUUUCGCCCUGGCUCCUUCCCUGACCCCUAUGCCCAGCCCCCAUUGACUCCUCGGCCCCAGCCUCCACCCCCUGAGAGCUGCUGUGCUCUGCCCCCUCGCUCAUUGCCCUCUGACCCUUUCUCCCGAGUGCCUGCCAGUCCUCAGUCCCAGUCCAGCUCCCAGUCUCCACUGACACCGCGUCCUCUGUCUGCUGAAGCUUUCUGCCCGUCCCCCGUUACCCCUCGCUUCCAGUCCCCUGACCCAUAUUCUCGCCCACCUUCACGCCCUCAGUCCCGUGACCCGUUUGCCCCAUUGCAUAAGCCACCCCGACCCCAGCCCCCUGAAGUUGCCUUUAAGGCUGGGUCUCUAGCCCACACUCCGCUGGGGGCUGGGGGUUUCCCAGCAGCGCUACCCUCGGGGCCAGCAGGUGAGCUCCAUGCCAAGGUCCCAAGUGGGCAGCCCCCCAAUUUUGUCCGGUCCCCUGGGACGGGUGCAUUUGUGGGCACCCCUUCUCCCAUGCGUUUCACUUUCCCUCAGGCGGUAGGGGAACCUUCCCUAAAGCCCCCUGUCCCUCAGCCUGGUCUCCCGCCACCCCAUGGGAUCAACAGCCAUUUUGGGCCCGGCCCCACCUUGGGCAAGCCUCAAAGCACAAACUACACAGUAGCCACAGGGAACUUCCACCCAUCGGGCAGCCCCCUGGGGCCCAGCAGCGGGUCCACAGGGGAGAGCUAUGGGCUGUCCCCGCUCCGCCCCCCGUCAGUUCUGCCACCACCUGUACCCGACGGAUCCCUCCCCUACCUGUCCCAUGGAGCCUCACAGCGAUCAGGCAUCACCUCUCCUGUCGAAAAGCGAGAAGACCCAGGGGCUGGAAUUGGUAGCUCUUUGGCGACACCUGAACUACCAGGUACCCAGGACCCAGGCAUGUCCGGCCUUAGCCAGACAGAGCUGGAGAAGCAACGGCAGCGCCAGCGACUACGAGAGCUGCUGAUUCGGCAGCAGAUCCAGCGCAACACCCUGCGGCAGGAGAAGGAAACAGCUGCAGCAGCUGCAGGAGCAGUGGGGCCUCCAGGCAACUGGAGUGCUGAGCCUAGCAGCCCUGCCUUUGAGCAGCUGAAUCGAGGCCAGACCCCCUUUGCUGGAUCACAGGACAAGAGCAGCCUUGUGGGGUUGCCUCAAAACAAGCUGAGUGGCCCCAUUCUGGGGCCAGGGUCCUUCCCUAGCGAUGACCGACUCUCCCGGCCACCUCCACCAGCCACGCCUUCCUCUAUGGAUGUGAACAGCCGGCAACUGGUAGGAGGCUCCCAAGCUUUCUAUCAGCGAGCACCCUAUCCUGGGUCCCUGCCCUUACAGCAGCAACAGCAACAACUGUGGCAGCAGCAACAGGCAACAGCAGCAACCUCCAUGCGAUUUGCUAUGUCAACUCGCUUUCCAUCAACUCCUGGACCUGAACUUGGCCGCCAAGCCCUAGGUUCCCCCUUGACAGGAAUUCCCACCCGCCUGCCAGGCCCUGGUGAGCCAGUGCCUGGUCCAGCUGGUCCUGCCCAGUUCAUUGAGCUGCGGCACAAUGUACAGAAGGGACUGGGACCUGGGGGAACUCAGUUUCCUGGUCAGGGUCCACCUCAGAGACCUCGUUUUUACCCUGUAAGUGAGGACCCCCACCGACUGGCUUCUGAAGGGCUUCGGGGCCUGGCGGUAUCAGGUCUUCCCCCACAGAAACCCUCAGGCCCACCGGCCCCUGAAUUGAACAGCAGCCUCCAUCCAACACCCCAUACCAAAGGUCCUACCCUGCCAACUGGCUUGGAGCUGGUCACCCGGCCCCCCUCAAGCACAGAGCUUGGCCGCCCCCCUCCUCUGGCCCUGGAAGCUGGGAAGUUGCCCUGUGAAGAUCCUGAGCUGGAUGAUGAUUUUGAUGCCCACAAGGCCCUAGAGGAUGAUGAAGAGCUUGCUCACCUAGGUCUGGGUGUGGAUGUGGCCAAGGGUGAUGAUGAACUGGGUACCCUAGAAAACCUGGAGACCAAUGACCCCCACUUGGAUGACCUGCUCAAUGGAGACGAGUUUGACCUGCUGGCAUAUACUGAUCCUGAGCUGGACACUGGGGACAAGAAGGACAUCUUCAAUGAGCACCUGAGGCUGGUAGAAUCAGCUAAUGAGAAGGCUGAACGCGAGGCCCUGCUGCAGGGGGUGGAGCCAGGACCCUUGGGCCCUGAGGAGCGCCCUCCCACUGCUGCUGAUGCCUCUGAGCCCCGCCUGGCAUCUGUGCUCCCUGAGGUGAAGCCCAAGGUGGAGGAGGGUGGACGCCACCCUUCCCCUUGUCAGUUCACCAUUGCUACCCCCAAGGUAGAGCCUGCACCUGCUGCCAAUUCCCUUGGCUUGGGGCUGAAGCCAGGACAGAGCGUGAUGAACAGCCGGGAUACCCGGAUGGGCACAGGGCCAUUUUCUAGCAGUGGGCACACAGCUGAGAAGGGUUCCUUUGGGGCCACAGGAGGACCACCAGCUCACCUGCUGACCCCCAGCCCAUUGAGUGGCCCAGGAGGAUCCUCCCUGCUGGAAAAGUUUGAGCUCGAGAGUGGGGCCCUGACCUUGCCUGGCGAACCUACAGCAUCUGGGGAUGAGCUAGACAAGAUGGAGAGCUCACUGGUAGCCAGCGAGUUGCCCCUGCUCAUUGAGGACCUGUUGGAGCAUGAGAAGAAGGAGCUGCAGAAGAAGCAGCAGCUUUCAGCACAGUUGCAGCCUGUUCAGCAACAGCAACAGCAGCAGCAGCAGCAGCAGCAGCAGCAGCAGCAGCAGCAGCAGCAGCAGCAGCAGCAUUCCCUACUAUCUACACCAGGCUCUGCCCAGGCCAUGUCUUUGCCACAUGAGGGCUCUUCUCCCAGUUUGGCUGGGUCCCAACAGCAGCUUUCCCUGGGUCUUGGAGGUGCCCGACAGCCAGGCUUGGCUCAACCACUGAUGCCCACCCAGCCACCAGCUCAUGCCCUCCAGCAGCGCCUAGCCCCAUCCAUGGCUAUGGUGUCCAAUCAAGGGCAUAUGCUGAGUGGGCAGCACGGAGGGCAGGCAGGCUUGGUACCCCAGCAGAGCUCACAGCCAGUGCUAUCACAGAAGCCCAUGGGCACCAUGCCACCUUCCAUGUGCAUGAAGCCCCAGCAACUGGCAAUGCAGCAGCAGCUGGCAAACAGCUUCUUUCCAGAUACAGACCUGGACAAAUUUGCUGCAGAAGAUAUCAUUGAUCCCAUUGCAAAGGCCAAGAUGGUGGCUUUGAAAGGCAUCAAGAAAGUGAUGGCUCAAGGCAGCAUUGGGGUGGCACCUGGUAUGAACAGGCAACAAGUGUCUCUGCUAGCUCAGAGGCUCUCGGGGGGACCUGGCAGUGAUCUGCAGAACCAUGUGGCAGCUGGGAGUGGCCAGGAGCAUAGUGCUGGUGAUCCCUCCCAGCCUCGUCCCAACCCACCCACUUUUGCUCAGGGAGUUAUCAAUGAAGCUGACCAGCGGCAGUAUGAGGAGUGGCUGUUCCAUACCCAGCAGCUCCUACAGAUGCAGCUGAAGGUGCUAGAGGAGCAGAUUGGUGUACACCGCAAGUCCAGGAAGGCUCUGUGUGCCAAGCAGCGCACUGCCAAAAAAGCUGGCCGUGAGUUCCCAGAAGCUGAUGCUGAGAAGCUCAAGCUGGUUACAGAGCAGCAGAGCAAGAUCCAGAAACAGCUGGAUCAGGUCCGGAAACAGCAGAAGGAACACACUAAUCUCAUGGCAGAAUAUCGGAACAAGCAGCAGCAGCAACAGCAACAGCAGCAGCAGCAACAGCAACAACACUCAGCUGUGCUGGCUCUCAGCCCUUCCCAGAGUCCCCGGCUACUCACCAAGCUCCCUGGUCAGCUGCUCCCUGGCCAUGGGCUGCAGCCACCACAGGGGCCUCCGGGUGGGCAAGCUGGAGGUCUUCGCCUGCCCCCUGGGGGUAUGGCACUAUCUGGACAGCCUGGUGGCCCCUUCCUUAACACAGCUCUGGCCCAACAGCAGCAACAACAACAUUCUGGUGGGGCUGGAUCCCUGGCUGGCCCCUCAGGAGGCUUCUUCCCUGGCAACCUUGCUCUUCGAGGCCUCGGACCUGAUUCAAGGCUUUUACAGGAAAGGCAGCUGCAGCUGCAGCAACAACGCAUGCAGCUGGCCCAGAAACUGCAGCAGCAGCAACAGCAGCAGCAGCAGCAGCAGCAGCACCACCUCCUAGGACAGGUGGCAAUCCAGCAGCAACAGCAGCAGGGUCCUGGAGUACAGACAAACCAGGCUCUGGGUCCCAAGCCCCAGGGGCUUCUGCCUCCCAGCAGCCACCAAGGUCUCCUGGUCCAACAGCUGUCCCCUCAACCACCCCAGGGGCCCCAGGGCAUACUAGGCCCUGCCCAAGUGGCCGUGUUGCAGCAGCAACACCCUGGAGCUUUGGGCCCCCAGGGCCCUCACAGACAGGUGCUUAUGACCCAGUCCCGGGUGCUCAGUUCCCCCCAGCUGGCACAGCAGGGUCAGGGGCUUAUGGGACACAGGCUGGUCACAGCCCAGCAGCAGCAACAACAGCACCAACAGCAAGGGUCCAUGGCAGGGCUUUCCCAUCUUCAGCAGGGUCUAAUGUCACACAGUGGGCAGCCCAAACUGAGCACUCAGCCCAUGGGCUCUUUACAGCAGCUUCAGCAGCAGCAGCAGCAGCAGCAGCUGCAACAGCAACAGCAACUUCAGCAGCAACAGCAGCAGCAGCAACAGCAGCAGCAGCUUCAACAGCAGCAGCAGCAGCUGCAACAGCAACAGCUACAGCAGAAGCAGCAGCUACAGAAGCAGCAGCUACAGCAGCAGCAGUUUCAACAGCAGCAGCAGCAGCAGCAACAACAGCAGAUGGGCCUUUUAAACCAGAGUCGAACUUUACUGUCUCCUCAGCAACAACAGCAGCAGCAGGUGGCACUUGGCCCUGGCAUGCCAGUAAAGCCUCUUCAACACUUUUCGAGCCCUGGAGCCCUGGGCCCAACCCUCCUCUUGACGGGCAAGGAACAAAACACCGUAGAAACUGCUGUUUCUUCAGAGGUCACUGAGGGGCCCUCUACACAUCAGCGAGGGCAGUUAGCAAUAGGAACUACCCCUGAGUCAAUGGCCACUGAACCAGGAGAGGUAAAGCCCUCACUCUCCGGGGACUCACAACUCCUCCUUGUCCAACCCCAGGCCCAGCCUCAGCCCAACUCUUUGCAGCUGCAGCCACCACUGAGGCUUCCAGGACAACAGCAGCAGCAAGUUAGUCUGCUCCACACAGCAGGUGGAGGAAGCCAUGGGCAGCUGGGCAGUGGAUCAUCUUCUGAAGCCUCAUCUAUGCCCCACCUGCUGGCUCAGCCUUCUGUUUCCUUAGGGGAGCAGGCUGGGCCCAUGACUCAGAACCUUCUGGGCCCCCAACAGCCCAUGCUAGAACGGCCCAUGCAAAAUAAUACAGGACCACAACCUCCCAAACCAGGACCUGUCCUCCAGGCUGGGCAGGGUCUGCCUGGGGUUGGAGCCAUGCCUACAGUGGGUCAGCUUCGAGCACAGCUCCAAGGAGUCCUGGCCAAAAACCCACAGCUGCGGCACUUAAGUCCUCAGCAGCAGCAACAGCUACAGGCACUCCUCAUGCAGCGGCAGCUGCAGCAGAGUCAGGCAGUACGCCAGACCCCACCCUACCAGGAGCCUGGGACCCAGGCCUCUCCCCUCCAGGGCCUCCUGGGCUGUCAACCCCAACCUGGGGGCUUCCCUGGAUCUCAGACAGGCCCCCUCCCGGAGCUGGGGGCAGGGCCUCGACCUCAGGGCCCACCCCGGCUCCCUGCCCCACCAGGAGCCUUAUCUACAGGGCCAGUCCUUGGCCCUGUCCAUCCCACACCUCCACCAUCCAGCCCUCAAGAGCCAAAGAGACCUUCACAAUUACCUUCCCCCAGCUCCCAGCUUCCCACUGAGGCCCAGCUCCCUCCCAAUCAUCCAGGGACCCCCAAAGCCCAGGGGCCAACCUUGGAGCUGCCUCCUGGGAGGGUCUCACCUGCUGCUGCCCAGCUUACAGAUACCUUGUUUGGCAAGGGUCUGGGACCUUGGGAUCCCCCAGACAACCUAGCAGAAGGUCAGAAGUCAGAACAGAGCAGCCUGGUACCGGAGCAUCUGGACCAGGUGAAUGGACAGGUAGUGCCUGAGGCACCGCAACUCAGCAUCAAGCAAGAGCCUCGGGAAGAGUCAUGUGCCCUGGGAACCCAGUCAGUGAAGAGGGAGGCCAAUGGGGAGCCCAUAGGGGCACCAGGUACCAGCAACCACCUCCUGCUGGCAGGCCCUCGCUCAGAAGCUGGGCAUCUGCUCUUGCAGAAGCUACUCCGAGCAAAGAAUGUGCAACUCAGCACUGGGCGGGGGUCCGAGGGGCUGCGAGCUGAGAUCAACGGGCACAUUGACAGCAAGCUGGCUGGGCUGGAGCAGAAACUACAGGGUACCCCCAGCAACAAGGAGGAUGCAGCAGCAAGGAAGCCUUUGACACCGAAGCCCAAGCGGGUACAGAAGGCAAGCGACAGGUUGGUGAGCUCCCGAAAGAAGCUGCGGAAGGAGGACGGGGUCAGGGCCAGCGAGGCCUUGCUGAAACAGCUGAAACAGGAGCUGUCUCUGCUGCCCCUAAUGGAGCCUGCUAUCACCGCCAAUUUUAACCUCUUCGCUCCCUUUGGCAGUGGCUGUCCAGUCAAUGGGCAGAGCCAGCUAAAGGGGGCCUUUGGAAGUGGGGCACUGCCCACUGGCCCUGACUACUAUUCCCAGCUGCUUACCAAGAAUAACCUGAGUAAUCCGCCGACACCACCCUCGUCGCUGCCCCCCACCCCACCCCCAUCGGUGCAGCAGAAGAUGGUGAAUGGCGUCACCCCAUCUGAAGAGCUGGGGGAGCACCCCAAGGAUCCUGCCUCUGCCCGGGAUACUGAAGGGGCACUGAGGGAUACUACAGAGGUGAAGAGUCUAGACCUACUGGCUGCCUUGCCUACACCCCCUCACAAUCAGACUGAGGAUGUCAGGAUGGAGAGUGAUGAGGAUAGCGAUUCUCCUGACAGCAUUGUGCCAGCUUCAUCCCCUGAGAGCAUUCUGGGGGAGGAGGCCCCUCGUUUCCCUCAUCUGGGCUCAGGCCGGUGGGAGCAAGAGGACCGGGCUCUCUCCCCUGUCAUCCCCCUCAUUCCUCGGGCCAGCAUCCCAGUCUUCCCAGAUACCAAACCUUAUGGGGCUCUCGACCUGGAGGUCCCUGGAAAGCUGCCUGCCACGACUUGGGAAAAGGGCAAAGGAAGUGAGGUGUCAGUCAUGCUCACAGUCUCUGCUGCUGCAGCCAAGAACCUGAAUGGUGUGAUGGUGGCAGUGGCAGAGCUGCUAAGCAUGAAGAUCCCUAAUUCCUAUGAGGUGCUGUUCCCAGAGAGCCCUGCCCGGGCAGGCACUGAGCCUAAGAAAGGGGAAGCUGAAGGUCCUGGUGGGAAGGAAAAGAGUCUGGGAGGCAAGAGCCCAGACACUGGCCCUGAUUGGCUGAAGCAGUUUGAUGCAGUGUUGCCUGGCUAUACCCUCAAGAGCCAACUAGACAUCUUGAGCCUUUUCAAACAGGAGAGCCCCGCCCCAGAGCCACCCACUCAGCACAGCUAUACCUACAAUGUCUCCAAUCUGGAUGUGCGACAGCUCUCGGCCCCACCUCCUGAAGAACCCUCCCCACCCCCUUCCCCCUUGGCACCCUCUCCUGCCAGUCCCCCUGCUGAACCCUUGGUUGAACUUCCCACUGAACCCUUGGCUGAGCCACCCGUCCCCUCACCUCUGCCACUGGCCUCAUCCCCUGAAUCAGCCCGGCCCAAGCCCCGUGCCCGGCCCCCUGAAGAAGGUGAAGAUUCCCAUCCCCCUCACCUCAAGAAAUGGAAAGGGGUGCGCUGGAAGCGGCUGCGGCUGCUGCUGACCAUCCAGAAGGGCAAUGUGCGGCAGGAGGAUGAGCGGGAAGUGGCAGAGUUUAUGGAGCAGCUCGGCACAGCCUUGAGACCUGACAAGGUACCUCGAGACAUGCGUCGCUGCUGUUUCUGUCAUGAGGAGGGUGACGGGGCCACUGAUGGGCCUGCCCGCCUGCUGAACCUGGACCUGGACCUUUGGGUGCACCUCAACUGUGCCCUUUGGUCCACGGAGGUGUAUGAGACCCAGGGCGGGGCACUGAUGAAUGUGGAGGUCGCCCUGCACCGAGGACUGCUAACCAAGUGCUCCCUGUGCCAGCGAACUGGUGCCACCAGCAGCUGCAAUCGCAUGCGUUGCCCCAAUGUCUACCAUUUUGCUUGUGCCAUCCGUGCCAAGUGCAUGUUCUUCAAGGACAAGACCAUGCUGUGUCCAAUGCAUAAGAUCAAGGGGCCCUGUGAGCAAGAGCUGAGCUCUUUUGCUGUCUUCCGACGGGUCUACAUUGAGCGGGACGAGGUGAAGCAAAUUGCCAGCAUCAUUCAGCGGGGAGAACGGCUGCACAUGUUCCGUGUGGGAGGCCUUGUGUUCCACGCCAUUGGACAGCUGCUCCCUCACCAGAUGGCUGACUUUCAUAGUGCCACUGCCCUUUAUCCCGUUGGCUACGAGGCCACACGCAUCUAUUGGAGCCUCCGCACCAACAACCGUCGCUGUUGCUAUCGCUGUUCUAUUGGUGAGAACAACGGGCGGCCGGAGUUUGUAAUCAAAGUCAUCGAGCAGGGCCUGGAGGACCUGGUCUUCACUGACGCCUCUCCCCAGGCCGUGUGGAAUCGCAUCAUUGAGCCUGUGGCUGCCAUGAGAAAAGAGGCUGACAUGCUGCGACUCUUCCCUGAGUAUCUGAAGGGCGAGGAGCUCUUUGGGCUGACGGUGCAUGCCGUGCUUCGCAUAGCUGAAUCACUGCCCGGGGUGGAGAGCUGUCAAAAUUAUUUAUUCCGCUAUGGGCGCCACCCCCUGAUGGAGCUGCCACUCAUGAUCAACCCCACUGGCUGUGCCCGAUCAGAGCCUAAAAUCCUCACACACUACAAACGGCCCCAUACCCUGAACAGCACCAGCAUGUCUAAGGCAUAUCAGAGCACCUUCACAGGCGAGACCAACACCCCGUACAGCAAGCAGUUUGUGCACUCCAAGUCAUCUCAGUACCGGCGGCUGCGAACCGAAUGGAAGAACAACGUGUACCUGGCUCGCUCUCGUAUCCAGGGCCUGGGGCUCUAUGCAGCCAAGGACCUAGAAAAGCACACAAUGGUUAUCGAGUACAUUGGCACCAUCAUUCGGAACGAGGUGGCCAACCGGCGGGAGAAAAUCUAUGAGGAGCAGAAUCGAGGCAUCUACAUGUUCCGAAUAAACAAUGAACAUGUGAUUGAUGCUACGUUGACCGGCGGCCCUGCCAGGUACAUUAACCAUUCCUGUGCCCCUAACUGUGUGGCUGAAGUUGUGACAUUUGACAAAGAGGACAAAAUCAUCAUCAUCUCCAGCCGGCGAAUCCCCAAAGGAGAGGAGCUAACCUAUGACUAUCAGUUUGAUUUUGAGGACGAUCAGCACAAGAUCCCCUGCCACUGUGGAGCCUGGAAUUGUCGGAAAUGGAUGAACUAAGAAGCUUUGAGGCUACCAGGCAGGGGAGUCCCCCUACCCCCAACCUCUUCCCUGAAAGGGAUAAGGGGGAAGAGAGGUAGCAGCCAGAGCCAGGACCCAGGGCUGGGGCUGCCGGCUGACCGGAGCCCCUGGAGCAGGAGGCUGGGGCAGAGGGCCCUAGGCCAAGCCCACCCUGGGCACCAGGGACAACCCUCUUCCCCACCACCGGCCCUCAGGCUGGCAUCUCUGCCCCCAGCUCCAGGAGGGGCCAGACAGAAGCAGCCAUUGGGCAUCUCAGGUUUGAGGGGGAUAUGGGCCGGGAACUACCCAGAAGCAUCUGGGAGGCAGCAGGGUGGGGGAAGAGGAUGUGUGGCCGGGCCUCACAGCCCUGCUGCUCCCACUGACCUCUCUGGCCCAACUCAAGGCUGCAAAGAGACUUGACUAAGCUUGACAAUCCCAAAGGCCGGGUCCCACACCUGGCCCUGCCUGCCGGGUCCUGCCCCCACCCUCACCCCCAGACCCUUCCCUCUUGAUCUGUCUCUGUUUCCCUCUUUUCCUCUGUGUUUCUGUCUCUCUAUGGGUUGUGUUUCCUUGUUUUCCACUCUGACAAAUGCAACAUGAACGGGAAAGAGGCGCGCAGCUGCCUAGGAGGGCAAGCUGGGCAAGCCGGGCAAGGAGACCCCGCACCCACACCUACCUCAUUUAAGUGUUGGAUUUUUUGCUGUUUUGAAAUGUGAGACCCUCUCCAAGCCCCUUACUGCCCCAGCCCUCUCCCCCACCUCACUGCCCUCUUCUGAGUGGGUGGAAGCGGGGUAGGAGGAGGAAGAAAAACAACAACAAAAAAUCCAUCUUUGUUUUUAAUUAUGGGCAUGGGAUGGUGGUUGAGGCAAAUGAUGAUGAAGAUUGGGGAUGACUGGCCCCUAGUUGCUCUAGGACUUCCUUCUCCAUAUGGACAUGGGGGCAGGAGGGGCUAAACCUAGGACCAGGAUAUCUCCCUCCUGUUUUCCCAACCCCAUCAUGAGCCCGUUUGCCCUCCAGCCCCUGGAUGGGUUGGGUGGGGGGUAGGGUGAGGGCUAUCCCUGAGUGGCAUGCCCAUACCUAGUGAGGCAGGGUGUGGCCCGGAGCUCCCACUUUCCCUUAGUCACCAAACUGCUGCUGGUCUGGUGGGAAGGGGUGGUGAUGUGGGGGUGGGGGAGCUUAGUGUCAGCACGGGGAGGGUGGGGGGUAUUUAUCUAUUUAUACAUGGGAUUGUACAUAGUCUUGUGGGGCAUGGGGGAGCCGGCUGGAGGUGAGAACCCUCCCCUCUCCCCCCACCCCCGGGGAGAGCAAAUGUAAAACUACUAAUUUUUGUGCUUUAUAUAUUCUAUAUAAAUAUAUCUAUUUUCUUUUUACAAAACCAGUUUAUAAAUGGUAGGGGGGCGUGGGGCGGACACAUGGAGCUCCCCUUGUGGGGGGGCCCACUCCAUUACCCAACCUACCGCCCUUUUCCUCACCCCCCCCACCCCACUCCCCACCCCCUGGCUGUGACUGCUGUAAGAUGGGGGUAUAGAGGCUGGGCGAUUCCCACCCCCUGUUGUAUAGUUGGACUAUGUUAUAACGCACAAAAGAGAGCUGACCCCAGGGGGAGCCAGAGGGUGAUGGGUUCCCUGCCUCCCUUUCCUUCCCCUUUCUGCCCAAGCUAGUGCUGCAGUUGAACCUCUUCCUGCGGGUGGGGGUAGGUAAGGGGUGGGUGAGGCCCCAAACCCCUCUGUGGUAGGGAACCAUGGGGAUGAAGAUGAAGCUUAUAUGCAGUUAUCUUCUAGGGGCUGUGGGCAAAGGGCAUUUUGUAAUUACUAUUUUCAAGAAUCAAAUGUCUGGAGUGUAGGGGUGGGCUUGGUGGUGGUGGUGGACGGGCGGGCCUGCUGGAGGGGGAGCUUGGUCGCUGUUGUGAUUUUAGGUUUGUUUUUGUUUUGUUUUGAAUUUGGGGGGUUGUGGAUUGUUGGGGGUAGGGAGAUUUUUUUAUUUAAGCUGCUUCCUCAACUGUUUCAAGCUGCAAAUGUUUAAGAGAAUAACACCCCCCACUCCCACAGGAACCGCUGUAAUUAAAUCAGACAGUAGGGAGACUGGGCUGCUCCCCUCAAAGCCACAGCCCUUGGAUGUUCCUUUUCCGAGAGCAGAAGGUCUAGGCUACAGGGAUGGGGAGAUUGGCUCCUGUGAGUCAGGCUCUGUUUGGGGCUUGGGUCCUGGGAUUGGGAAAAGGGGAUGGGGCAGACUUUGUAAGCAUAUGCUAGGUAUCCGAUAGUCCUGUAGAAUUUAGUGAAGAAACCUUAUACAGUUUUUAAUUUUUAUAUAAACUAUAACUCAGACCCAAGCUACAAGGUUGGAAUUUUGGUUGUCGGUUUUUUUUAAGUACCCUGCCUGUAUAAUUGCAUCAAAAUCCUCCACCCCCCAUGUUUGUAUUUUGGGUUGGUUUACACUCGCACAUACUCAAUUUUCAGUUUUCCCCUUUACAGUCUUCUCCCCUCACCUCCAGGACCCUCCCCCCUUUUUAAAAAAUAAAUCGCUGACAAGUGUGAAUCCCGUGAAAACUUUAUUUUGUGUUGUGUGUAUCCUGUACAGCAAGGUUGGUCCUUCGUAACAACGGAUGAAAUGGUUCCCUUUUUUAAAGCGCCCUCUCUCCCUCCACCCUCAGCGCCCCUGUCCUUGGCAUGUUUUGUAUCAGCGAUCAUUCUGAACUGUACAUAAUUUAUGUUGCGAGAGGCAAAGGGCAAGUUUUGGAUUUUGCUUCUUCCGAGUUUGUUUUUAAACAACAAAUAAAAAAAGAACAUUUUAAAUACAA